UGUGGUUAUCUUAUCUGUAAAAUCUCAAAUCUGCUCCUUCAAUUUUCAAUGAUUGAUCGUUUGUAAUUUUUCAUGUUUUAGUAAUAAUUUUAUGUAUAACCCAUUUUUAUUUGACAACAUUUGUUAUACAUUAUUGAGAACAAAAACAGUGAGCAGAUUUUUAUAUUGUUUUUAUACAUUACAUUGCAUAUAUUGCAGAUAAAUUAUAAUAAUGUCGGCAAAACGACAAGCGACAACUGAUCUAAAUCAUGAUAAUUGGGAUCAAGAUGAUCCAAGUGAUCAUGAAGAAAUGGGCAACUUUAAAACCGCUUCCAAGGAUGUGUUAGAAAAGCGAGUAAUGCGUACUGCAAAAAGACGUUCCGUAGCUUUGGGUGACGAAGCAAAGAAAAAUGUUUUUAGUGGGUUUGGAGGUUUUAAUAAAACACAACCAUCAUCAUUUGAUUUCUUAUCAAAAUUAACAAAUGGAACCAAUAAAUCUUCGACAACUAAAAGUGAUACUACUGUGUCAACAACAAUAUUUAAAAACACCUCUGGCAAUGGACUUUUUGGCACACCUUCAACAACAAAACCAAUUUUUGGUAUAACAAGUACUCAGGCUUCCCCAAUAUUUGGGAGUCCUACAACUAUUAAUGUUUCAUCUGUAUUUGCUGCAGCAAAAUCAGAUUCAACUGUACAUGAUUCACCAUUUAAAUCCCAAAUAACCUCCAGCAUAUCUAAUUCCAAUGGAACAUCUAUAAAAACAGUAAAUACGAUCUCUGGCACAUCAGUAUCACAAGGAUCAUCCACAAUAUUGGGUUUACCUGCAAGUGGUAAUAGCAAGGUACCAUUAUUAACAAGUCCCUCUAAUUCUACCCUACUUACAGCUAAACCUGUAUCCAGUACUACAACUCUUCAAACUAAGUCUGAAUCGCCUUUUACUUCAACCAGUAAAAAAGAUUCUGAGGUAAAUGCAGAAAAUAAAGAGGCUGAAAAGAAGCUAAGUUAUUAUUCUAAAUUAAGAGGGUUAAAUGAGUCUGUGUCUGCCUGGAUCACAAAACAUGUUGAUCAAACUCCUCUAUGUAUAUUGACACCUAUUUUUAAGGAUUAUGAAAAAUAUUUGAAAGAUAUUCAAGAUGAAUAUCAGAAUAAUGAUGAUAAACCCUCUGACAUGGAUAAUAAAAUAACAAAGAAUUCACAGGAUGAAUCAAUUGGAGUUAACAAAAGUUCUCCAUUGACUUCUAAAUCCUCAGUAUUUUCACUGGGAGCAGGUAUAAAAUCUACUACUACUACUACUGAAAGCCCAACUAAGCCAUCAUUUGUAUUAGGAACUACAUCAAGUAACACAGCUAUGAGCUCUUCACUUUUCUCUAGCACAAUUGGAAUUAACAAAACUUCUCCAUUAUCAUUGAAAUCAACAGGAUUUUCAUUUGGAUCGGAUUCAAAAUCUACUACUGCUACUGAGAACCCAAGCAAACCAUCAUUUGGAUCAGGAAAGACAACAAAUAACACGGGGUCUACAAGCUCUUCACUUUUCUCUAGUGCAGUAAAUACUAAUGGUUCAGCACCAUUUUCAUUUGGUAUUGGAAAGCCAUUUAGUUUUAAUUCAAAUAUACAAACUACUAAUACUGAAGCAAGCAAAGAAACAAAUGAAAAUGAGGAUAAGGAUGAUGAUUCACCUCCUAAAGUCGAAUUUAAACAAGUUGUAGAAGAAAAUAGUAUAUAUGAUAAGCGCUGCAAAAUAUUUGUGAAAAAAGAAGACAAUUUUGUAGACAAAGGUGUGGGCACACUUUAUAUUAAAAAAAUUGAAGAGACUGGGAAAUAUCAAUUACUAGUUCGUGCUAAUACUAAUUUGGGCAAUGUACUGCUUAAUUUGAUUCUGUCUUCAGUUGUACCAAUACAACGGAUGGGUAAGAAUAAUGUGAUGAUGGUAUGCAUUCCAACACCAGAUGCAAAACCUCCACCUGUACCCAUAUUAAUAAGGGUUAAGACCUCUGAAGAAGCUGAUGAAUUAUUAGAAACCUUGGACAAAUAUAAGACAUGAAGGAAUAAUUGUAUACUUACAAUGAAAUUUAUAGAAACUUCUAAUGAAAAUCAUCAGUAUAAAUGAUUUCUUAAUCAAAACCUACUGUUAAUAAAGUUACCAUCAUGUUGCAAUUUUCUUUUUUCAUAGCAAGACAGUGAUGCGACAUAACAAAAUUUUACCUAUUUUUUAAUUGCAUUAAAAAUUUUGCUGUUUUCUUUACACUACAUUUGGAGAUACCUAAUACUAACACACAUAUUACAAAAUUAUUUGGAAUAUGUUAUUUAGACGAUUACAGGCUUUUAUCCAAAUUUACUUAAACUACCUCCUACUCGACAGGAGGGGGGGUGGUGGUUUAUUUAGAUACGUUGUCAUAAUUGAAUGCUCACGAUAUGCACGUAUCUCACUGUGUCACAAGGUUUGGCCUGAGUGUAGUUAGAUGUUACAGUAACUCAUUAAAAUAAGUAAUAAAUCUCUGUCGCUCCAUGAAGUAAUUAGACAGCUGGCGGAUUUACAUUGCUUUAUUUGCUAUUACAUAUUGCGGUACGAAAUACGUGCAACCAGUUUUUCGUAAACCCAUGAGUUUAUGUUUUUAUUGUUUGUCGAUUUGGUUAUAAUAGAUCGAUAAAAAUUGUACUUACGAAUAUUUAUACCUACUACAUGUAAUUUCAUAGUCAUAAGUUAUUGAGAUAUAGUAGUUCUAUACGAAAACUAAGUAAUUUGUAGUGGUGUAUUAGAUACAUACAUACUGCUGUGUUAUUUCUAUGUUAUUGAUUUGUUGAUACUGCGUUGAACGAGUAUAUUCCAUUAAUUUUAUAUUCCAAAAUAGCUUUGCGUAACAUGUAAUCUAAUAAUUAGUCAUAAGUAUGAUACAUGUUUAAUUAUGUAGGGUAAUAUCGCCUAACUACGGUCUGUACGUUAUUCAAAUCCAUAUUGAACUACCUAUAAAAGGAUACUUUUUAUAAAAUAAUAUUUUUUCAAAAUAUCUUUCCUUAACUAAUUGUUUUAGAAGACCAUAAUGAUGUAUAGAAAACAUAUUCUAUAUUUUAAAUUUACUGAUUAAUUUAAUUUAUAACAUAUUUUUUUCAUUAAUUUAGCCAUAGUCCAUAAUGUUGGUCUUGGUCAAAUCUUUAAGUCAUCUUGUUCUUUUUUAUAAAGAACGAAGUAUUACUUUUGACGGUAGUUUAGUGCUGUCUUUAGGCGCAGCCUGCCUUUAGGCGUGACUACCCUACACAAUUAUAUUUAUAAACUAUGCAUAUUUGUAGUAGUGCAUUAGAUAUAUACAUACUGCUAUGGUAUUUUUAUGAUUUGAAUAAUGAUUAUACUGCGGUAAUUAUAUACUAACCACAUGAAUUUUAUGGUUCUUACAUUAAUUAUAAACUCCAUAGUCAUACUUACAAAAUAAAAAAUAAUCUGCGUUAUCGUCUGUAAACUUUUGCAUAAUUCUGCAAACUAAAUAAUUUGAAGCAGUUUCCCAUAAAUUUUCAUUCCAAUCUAGGGUCAUGAAACAAAUUAUGUAUUUGUAGGCAACUAAGUAUAGAUAUUGUAGUGGAAGUACACAAGU